AUGGAUUUUGAAGCUCUAAAGGAUCAAUGGAGCGACGUGGAGGAUCGUGAUGGUGUCCGCCUGAGCUGGAACACGUUCCCGAGCUCUCGCAUGGAAGCCUCUCGCCUGGUCGUUCCCAUUGCUGCCGUCUACACGCCAUUGAAAGAGAAACCGGAUUCUCCAUUGCUUCAAUAUGAGCCUGUCACCUGCAAGCAGCCUUGCCGAGCUGUUCUCAACCCAUAUGCGAUAUCACCGAAAACACGAUACCCCCCCGAGCUUCACCCGCAGAGCACCACGAUCGAGUACCAAUUGGCACGACCCGCUCCGGCUCCCCCAAUCUUCGUCUACGUUGUCGACACUUGCCAGGAGGAUGACAGUCUCCAGGCAGUCAAGGACUCCCUUGUCAUGAGCUUGUCGCUUCUGCCACCAAAUGCGCUGGUUGGUCUGAUCACCUACGGAACAAUGACUCAAGUUCAUGAGCUUGGUUACACCGAGUGCGCCAAGUCAUACGUAUUCCGAGGCAACAAGGACUAUACUGCUAAGCAGGUUCAAGAAAUGCUGGGCCUUGCUCAGGGUCAGCAACCGCAGCGCCCUCCCCUUGGCCCCGCGGCCCGCUUCCUCCUGCCGGUCCAACAGGCCGAGUUCCAGAUUACCAACGUCCUCGAACAACUUCAGCGUGACCCCUGGCCAGUAGCCAACGAUAAACGUGCUCUCCGCUGCACCGGUGUGGCUCUGAGCGUUGCCGUUGGUCUUCUCGAGACUUCCUUCCAAAAUGCCGGCGGACGUAUCAUGAACUUCACAAGUGGACCCGCUACCGAUGGGCCGGGCCAGGUCGUUUCGCCCGAGCUGAAGGAGCCAAUCCGUUCGCAUCACGAUAUUGAUCGAGACAACAUCAAGUUCUAUAAGAAGGCCGUAAAGUUUUAUGACAAUCUCGCCAAGCGUGCCGCGAACAAUGGCCAUGUUAUCGAUAUCUUCGCUGGAUGUCUGGACCAAGUUGGCCUUUUGGAAAUGAAGAACCUGUCAAAUUAUACUGGUGGACAUAUGCUUCUGACCGAUAGCUUCACCUCGUCUCAAUUCAAGCAAUCAUUUGUCCGGGUGUUCGACAAAGAUGCCAACGACAACCUUCUGAUGGGCUUCAACGCUUCGCUCGAGGUGCUGACUACCAAGGAGUUGAAGGUUACUGGUCUCAUUGGACACGCGAUCUCUCUGAACAAGAAAUCAAGCUCGGUCGGCGAAACAGAGUGUGGUAUUGGCAACACUUGUGCUUGGAAGAUGUGCGGUAUCGACCCAUCAUCCAGCUACGGCGUCUACUUUGAAAUCGCCAACCAAGGUGGCCCAGCUGCACAGCAGCCUGGUCCCCAACGUGCUAUGAUGCAGUUCUUGACAUACUACCAACAUUCCUCCGGCAACUUCCACCUGCGUGUCACGACUACUGCCCGCCCUCUGAGUGGCCCCGCGGGGGACCCUACGCUAGCCCAAUCGUUCGACCAGGAAGCCGCUGCCGUACUGAUGGCUCGAAUCGCCGUUUUCAAGGCAGAGGUGGACGAUGGUCCUGAUGUUCUCCGCUGGGUGGACCGUAUGCUGAUUAGGCUGUGCUCUCGCUUUGCUGAUUACCGGAAGGAUGACCCGACAUCAUUCCGACUGGAAAAGAACUUCACUCUCUAUCCUCAGUUUAUGUUCCACUUGCGACGAAGUCAAUUCCUUCAGGUCUUUAAUAACUCACCUGACGAGACUGCUUUCUACCGUCAUGUCCUGAACUACGAAGAUGCCGGCGACUCACUGGUCAUGAUCCAACCUACCUUGGACUCCUACUCCCUGGAGGCCGAGGGCAGCCAGCCCGUUCUGCUGGACUCCGCCUCCAUCCAGCCCGCCCACAUCCUUCUCCUUGACACCUUCUUCCACAUUCUCAUUUUCCACGGUGAAACCAUCGCUGAGUGGAGGAAAGCCGGUUACCAGGAGCAAGAUGGCUACGAAAACCUUAAAGCUUUGCUGGAGCAGCCCAAGGAGGAUGCUAGGGAACUUAUCUCCGAUCGUUUCCCCUUGCCCCGCUUCAUUGUCUGUGAUGCUGGCGGCUCUCAGGCCCGUUUCCUUCUGUCUAAGCUGAACCCGUCAACCACCCACACUACCGGUGGAUACGGUGGCGGCGUGUCUUCGCAGACCAUCUUCACCGACGAUGUUUCCCUGCAGACAUUCAUGGAUCACCUGAUGAAACUUGCGGUUUCCGGCACUAGCUAG